UCCCAUGAUAUCUAACCCACUUUCUCUUUGGAAAUCCACCUCCCCAAAGAAAGAUUGAAAUUUAAUAAUCACCCAUCUCAAUCACAAACACAUACACUCACAUGCCAACUAGAUUCAACCGAUAACGUACCUUCAACAUCCCAUCCGCAUUUCAACAUCACUCAAUUCAUCAAGCCUAUUGAAGAUCAAUGAAGAAGAAUCGACGAAGUUUAAUCUACUUGAAAUCCAUUCUCUACAAGCUAUGACGCCGGCGAUUAGAUUCUUCCGAUCUCGAUCUGUUUACGAACGCCUUUGACCACACCUACAUAAAGGUAACGAUGAUGAAGCGAUCAGUGCGUCCAUUGUUCAGCGUUCUGCUCGUCUUUGCUGCCGCCGCUGCAACUCUGUGUUUUCGGAUCAUUGUAUCCGGCGCUUUUGGAGACAUUCUUAGUAUUAGCGAUACCGAAGCUACAGAGAAGGCUCCCUCAGUGUUUAAUUCAGCUUUGUUGUCGUCUGCUGCGGUUGAUUUAGCUGAGAAGUCACUCAGACAAAACGUCGAGCAGCUGGUGGACAUGGAUUUCCGAAGCGAUAACUUCAAUCGCCAGCGAUCGUUUCUGUCGGCGGGUAGGUACCGGUUGGAUACUGGUUCUAGGUCCGUUAGGCGUGGCCCUAUGGAUCUCAGGUCGCCGGAGUUCUACACUCUGUGGUUGAAAUUCCGACGGUAUUUGCGGGAUUGGUGGCGCCACCGUCGGUUUGAUCCUGAUGUCAUGUUCGAGAUAGUCAAUGUGUUGAAGACUGUAAACAUGACCGGAGGUUUGGGAUCCAGGCGGAAGUACAGGACGUGCGCGGUGGUCGGUAACAGUGGGAUUUUGCUCAAGCGUAAUCUAGGCGGAGAAAUCGAUAGCCAUGAGUUUGUGAUCCGAUUGAACAAUGCUAGAAUCGGUGGCUAUGAACGAUUUGUUGGCUCAAAAACCAGUCUCUCAUUCAUGAACAGCAACAUUCUCCAUUUAUGUUCACGUAGAGGAGGUUGUUUUUGUCAUCCAUACGGCGAGAAAGUUCCUAUAAUGAUGUACAUGUCGCAGCCAGUCCAUUUUCUCGAUUACGCUCUUUGUAAUUCAUCUCACAAAUCGCCAUUGAUAAUCACAGAUCCAAAGCUCGACGUUCUAUGUGCAAGAAUCAUCAAGUAUUAUUCAAUCAAAAGGUACUUGAAACAAACCGGGAAGCCAUUGGAGACAUGGAGCUCCGUUCAUGGAGGAUCUGAGUUCCAUUAUUCCUCCGGUAUGCAAGCCAUCAUGUUUGCUUUGGGGAUCUGCGACAAAGUUAGUAUCUACGGAUUCGGUAAAUCAGAUUCAGCCAAACAUCAUUAUCAUACAAAUCAGAAAAAAGAACUUAGUUUACACGAUUAUGAAGCAGAAUAUGAUCUGUAUGAAGAUCUAGUCAACAACCCUGUAGCCAUCCCUUUCGUUUCAGAUAAGUUCAAGUUCCCUCCUGUAACUAUUCACAGAUGACACAUUGUCAUCGACUCAUUGUAGCUUCUUUUACACACGUUACUCAAUUCCCAAUUCCCACUCUUCUUUUCUUA